GGCCCGAGGCUGCUCCUCCCCGCCCGCGGGAGACGAGCUCCUUACCUGCCCUCCGCCCACCCGCCGGCCCUUCGCCAACUUCUCUCUGCCACUGGGGGUAGCAGGCACUUCUGGGCCCCUCUACUGUCCCAACGGCACACGCAUGUCUCCGGACACCUGAGCGCCCGGGUCCCGCCGAGGAGCCUCCCCGCGGGGAGAGGAGCGCCAGUCCCCUUGACCCCGCACAUCAGCGCGGACCGCGGACGCCUCUCCUCCCGGGCCGGUCCCCUCCUUUUCCUCCGGGGGAGGAGGAUGGGGUUGGAAACGCUGCCCCCGAGGAUGCGCUGGUGGCUGGUGGCCGUGGGGAUUAUUUGCUACGGGGAACGGUGGGUCUGCGCUGGCCUCGAUUAUGAUUACACUUUGGAGGGCAACGAAGAGGAGAAAGCGGAGGUGAUCGAUUACAAGGACCCGUGUAAAGCCGCUGUGUUUUGGGGUGAUAUUGCCUUAGAUGAUGAAGACUUAAAUAUCUUUCAAAUUGAUAGAACAAUUGACCUUACCCAAAACCCCUUUGGAAAACUUGGACAUACCACAGGUGGAUAUGGAGACCAUGGUAUGUCAAAGAAACGAGGGGCCCUCUACCAACUUAUAGACAGGAUAAGAAGAAUUGGCUCUGGCUUGGAGCAAAACAACACAGUUAAGGGAAAAGUACCUCUAAAAUUCUCAGGGCAAAAUGAGAAAAAUCGAGUUCCGAGAGCUGCUACAUCAAGAACAGACAGAAUAUGGCCCGGAGGUGUUAUUCCUUACGUUAUAGGAGGCAACUUCACUGGCAGCCAGCGAGCCAUGUUCAAGCAGGCCAUGAGGCACUGGGAGAAGCACACAUGCGUGACCUUCAUUGAGAGAAGUGAUGAAGAGAGUUACAUUGUGUUCACAUACAGGCCUUGUGGAUGCUGCUCCUAUGUAGGUCGGCGGGGUAAUGGACCUCAGGCAAUCUCCAUUGGCAAGAACUGUGAUAAAUUUGGAAUUGUUGUUCAUGAACUGGGCCAUGUGAUAGGCUUUUGGCAUGAACACACGCGACCAGAUCGAGAUAACCAUGUAACCAUCAUAAGAGAAAACAUCCAGCCAGGUCAAGAGUACAACUUCCUGAAGAUGGAGCCUGGAGAAGUGAACUCGCUGGGAGAAAGAUAUGAUUUUGACAGUAUCAUGCACUAUGCCAGGAACACCUUCUCAAGGGGGAUGUUUCUGGACACUAUUCUCCCUUCUCGUGAUGACAAUGGCAUACGUCCCGCAAUCGGUCAGCGGACCCGUUUAAGCAAAGGAGAUAUUGCACAGGCAAGAAAGCUGUAUAGAUGUCCAGCAUGUGGAGAAACCCUACAAGAGUCCAACGGCAACCUUUCCUCUCCAGGAUUUCCCAACGGCUACCCUUCUUACACACACUGCAUCUGGAGAGUUUCUGUGACCCCAGGGGAGAAGAUCGUUUUAAAUUUUACCACGAUGGACUUAUACAAAAGUAGUUUGUGCUGGUAUGACUACAUUGAAGUAAGAGAUGGGUACUGGAGGAAAUCGGCUCUCCUUGGCAGAUUCUGUGGGGACAAAUUGCCUGAAGUUCUUACCUCUACAGACAGCAGAAUGUGGAUUGAGUUUCGGAGCAGCAGUAAUUGGGUAGGAAAAGGCUUUGCAGCUCUCUAUGAAGCAAUCUGUGGAGGUGAGAUCCGUAAAAAUGAAGGACAGAUUCAGUCUCCUAAUUAUCCCGAUGAUUACAGACCGAUGAAAGAAUGUGUGUGGAAAAUAAUGGUGUCAGAAGGCUACUAUGUCGGGCUGACCUUUCAGGCCUUUGAGAUUGAAAGACAUGACAGCUGUGCCUAUGACUACCUAGAAGUUCGAGAUGGGACCAAAGAGAAUAGCCCUUUGAUAGGGCGUUUCUGUGGUUAUGAUAAACCUGAAGAUAUCAGGUCUACCUCCAACACCUUGUGGAUGAAGUUUGUUUCUGAUGGGACUGUGAACAAGGCAGGGUUUGCUGCCAAUUUUUUUAAAGAGGAAGACGAGUGUGCCAAGCCUGACCGUGGAGGCUGUGAGCAGCGAUGUCUGAACACCCUGGGCAGUUACCAGUGUGCGUGUGAGCCUGGCUAUGAGCUGGGGCCUGACAAAAGGAGCUGUGAAGCGGCUUGUGGUGGACUUCUUACCAAACUUAAUGGCACCAUAACCACUCCAGGUUGGCCCAAGGAGUACCCUCCUAAUAAAAACUGUGUGUGGCAAGUGGUUGCUCCAACUCAGUACAGAAUUUCUGUGAAGUUUGAGUUUUUUGAAUUGGAGGGCAAUGAAGUUUGCAAAUACGAUUAUGUGGAGAUUUGGAGUGGCCUUUCCUCUGAUUCUAAAUUGCAUGGCAAAUUUUGUGGUGCUGAAGUACCGGAAGUGAUCACAUCCCAGCUCAACAACAUGAGAAUUGAGUUCAAAUCUGACAACACUGUAUCAAAGAAGGGCUUCAAAGCGCAUUUCUUCUCAGACAAAGACGAAUGCUCAAAGGAUAACGGUGGGUGUCAACAUGAAUGUGUCAACACGAUGGGAAGCUACGUGUGUCAGUGCAGGAAUGGAUUUGUGCUGCAUGAAAAUAAACAUGACUGCAAGGAAGCUGAAUGUGAACAGAAGAUCCACAGUCCAAGUGGCCUCAUCACCAGUCCCAACUGGCCAGACAAGUACCCAAGCAGGAAGGAAUGCACGUGGGAAAUCAGUGCCACUCCAGGCCAUCGAGUCAAAUUAGCCUUUAGUGAGUUUGAGAUAGAGCAGCAUCAAGAAUGUGCUUACGAUCACUUGGAAGUAUUUGAUGGAGAAACAGAAAAAUCACCAAUUCUUGGACGACUAUGUGGCAACAAGAUCCCAGAGCCCCUAGUGGCUACUGGAAAUAAAAUGUUUGUUCGGUUUGUUUCUGACGCAUCUGUUCAAAGAAGAGGCUUUCAAGCUUCACAUUCUACAGAGUGCGGCGGCCGCCUGAGAGCGGAACCCAAGCCCAGGGACCUUUACUCGCACGCGCAGUUUGGCGAUAACAACUACCCAGCGCAAGUGGACUGUGAAUGGCUGUUGGUGUCAGAACGGGGCUCGCGACUGGAGUUAUCGUUCCCGACUUUCGAAGUGGAAGAGGAAGCGGACUGUGGCUAUGACUAUGUUGAGCUCUUUGGUGGCCUCGAUUCAACAGCGAUGGGGCUUGGUCGAUUUUGUGGAUCAGGGCCACCAGAAGAAAUCUAUUCAAAAUUAUUCUAUUUCCCAAGUAAAUAA